AUGAGCAGGAUCCCCGUGCGGACUGCAUCGCUCGAACCAAACCCACGAGAACGCUCUCCAUCUGCAAGAGUCAAGCGCGCCCCUGCAGCAGCUCAAUCCGUGCUCAGCAAAUCAACGUCUCAUGCAUCUCUGCUGACUUCACGCUCAUCAAAGGCCCCGAUCAACGCUCUCUCUCAAAGUGUCCGCGGUACCGCAUCCUCUGCCUCCCUAAGAACUGUUUCACAACCGCCAAUAGCGCUCGCUGCUGCACAAACAGCCAAAACACCACUGAGAGCAUCUAGUUCAGGUCAAGCAGUUCAAUCUGCAUCCCAAUCAAAAGGGUCGCUUGCAUUGCGCGAACACAUUGCAAAAGCUCGUGCGGAAUUGACAAAAUCUACGCGUGGGGAGCAGCGUACUAGGGCGGCCCUGCCGAGCUCAUGGACAUCUGAAACGCCUACUCAGGCAGACAGGACCCCAAAUCCGUAUGAUGGGAUACAAGACCCCUUCAAUCAGUCCCGCUUCACCCCGAAAGUCGUGCCAGGCAUUAAAAGCGCGAUUGAACGAGCGAAAGGGUCUGGCCAUCUGAUGAUUGCCUUCAAGGAACUUCAGGCCAUUCCUCGGCAGGUGUAUGACAUGUACAAACCGGAUCCAAAUCAUGUCAUUGACUUCUCGGCCAUGGACUCUGCUGCGUGGUAUGAAGCUGUGGAGCUGAAAUCACUCAAUGCAGCAGACAACGAGAUUUCAGAGAUUGAGAUGGACCUGGCAGAUACAUUUGAAGCGCUACAAACGCUCGAUCUGCACAACAACAUGCUGUCAAAGCUACCCUCCAACUUGAGCAAGCUGACACAACUGACAACUCUAUCUCUGGCUGGUAAUAAGCUGGAAAUGAACGUCUUUGACAUUUUGACACGCCUACCUCAUCUGCUGGUGCUCAAUCUUGCCAAGAAUGCACUCGAGGGCACAUUGCCUUCAUUGAGCGCGAUGCAUGACCUGCAGGACUUGAACUUGUCUGAAAAUCAAGUGGAUGAUAUCGGUACUGCUUUACAAUCUUCUUUGAGUCUUCGUUCGCUCAAUCUACAUGCAAACAGGAUUUCUCGUUUUCAGGUCACACAGCUGCCACAACCUUCAAAAUUGCGGUCCCUCGAUCUCUCCAACAACAGACUACAAGCAGCCUUUCUCAAUGAAGAUACAGAGCUGCCCAUGUUGGAAGAAUUGAAGCUCGAGUGGAAUCGCUUCACGGCUUUUGCAGAGGAAGGCUGUUUCUUAACGGCUCCCCGGCUCAGGGGCAGUAUGAUAAGCGCUAAUGUGCGUUCUGCUUAG